CUCCCGACAAGGAUGUGAGGGCAACGGAAAGAGGGGACGCCUGGUUGCGUUCGCCCUCCUAACCAUCAAUCACACCACUGCUUUCACUCCUCAUACUCCACCCACUCUCCGCGCUCAUAUCAAUGCAAGACUUUAAGAAUGGCCACUAUCACCCUUUCACAGAGGCAAGUGGGACUUGAUACUGAAGCUCCAGGACCCGCCCCAGCCCCACACUAUACCUUCCACUUCCCACAAGCUCCUCCUCCAAUUCACAGGAAGAAGGGAACACCGCCAGACUUUGUACCUGCAGCCAUUUUGAGAGAAACAGUCGCACCAGCGGGCGAGCAUCAACAGGAAGGGAGCUCUGGACAAGCCCGUACCCGCUCAGGUACUCUGCCCACCGGCCCUUCUCUUGCUUCCAGAGGGACACGUUCUGAGGGUGCAAAGGCCAUAGAGGCCGAGAUCUACGCGGACGGCUUAGGCAGAUGGUACCCUACACACUACGCCAUGGACACCUCUCAAGAAGUGCAUCGUUCUGCAGAGGACAUCGUAGCCUCACCGCAAGUAUCUGAUAUCUUCAAGCGUUUCAACGAAGCCGUGAAAGCGAGACUGGCUGAGACGGCUUUGGUGACCAUCAUUCGCGAGUUGGGCGCCGAGGUACGUAGCCAGUUGCACCGACAACACCUAGAGGGCGACCUACCGCCACCAACACACCCAGACUACGGCGGAUUCGUUCAAAUGGAGAACGUGAGGAUGGACAAGUUAGAUAGCACCGUUGCAACGCCAUGGAUGCUUUCCUGCUGACACGGUACAUGAUGUUUUGCUACAGGAUACCGAGGAUCCUGAGGUCAAUAAAGUGGAUAUCUUUGUACGGGGAUCGAAUCCCACAAGGGGCGUAGGGAAAAACCACUGGUCAAAUGUCGUCUCAUUUGUAGAAGUGAAGGCGUCACAUUCAUCGGAUGUGACGGUAGACACCAGCCUGCGGUGUUUGCGUUAUGCACGCAAAUUGUGCCAGUACCGUCCGGUAACCUUUCACCUCCACUACGUAACGUGGUGUGGCCCCAUUGUCCGGCUGUGGUACCUAGAUGCAGCUCUGUUCGGCUGCUCCCGACGAUUUGACACU